UGCGGUUCCGGUUCCGGGUCGGCGCACGGUGGCGAGGCAGGUGUCCGGCCCGGGGCGCGCCGGCCCCGCUCCGCCAUGCCAUGUCCGCGCUGAACUGGAAACCCUUCGUGUACGGCGGGCUCGCCUCCAUCGUGGCCGAGUUCGGCACCUUCCCCGUGGACCUCACCAAGACGCGCCUGCAGGUGCAGGGCCAGAGCGCCGAUGCGCGCUUCCGCGAGGUCCGCUACCGCGGCAUGUUCCACGCGCUCUUCCGCAUCUGCCGUGAGGAGGGCGGCCGCGCCCUCUACUCGGGGAUUGCCCCCGCGUUGCUGAGGCAAGCGUCCUACGGCACCAUAAAGAUUGGCAUUUACCAGAGCUUGAAGCGGCUCUUUGUAGAUCGCAUGGAAGAUGAAACGUUGCUAAUCAAUGUAAUCUGUGGAGUGGUUUCAGGGGUGAUCUCCUCGGCACUUGCCAAUCCAACAGAUGUGCUGAAGAUUCGAAUGCAGGCUCAAGGCAGUUUAUUCCAGGGUGGCAUGAUUGGCAGCUUCAUAGACAUCUACCAACAAGAGGGUACCCGAGGCCUCUGGAGGGGUGUUGUCCCAACAGCUCAGAGAGCUGCCAUCGUGGUGGGGGUGGAGCUGCCAGUCUACGACAUCACCAAGAAGCACUUAAUUCUGUCAGGCCUGAUGGGUGACACCAUCUUUGCCCACUUCGUCUCCAGUUUUACAUGUGGACUGGCUGGGGCCAUUGCCUCCAACCCUGUGGACGUAGUGCGGACACGGAUGAUGAACCAGCGGGCAAUAGUGGGCAGUACGGAGCUCUAUAAGGGCACUCUGGAUGGCCUUGUGAAGACAUGGAAGAGUGAGGGCUUCUUUGCACUCUAUAAAGGUUUCUGGCCCAACUGGCUUCGGCUUGGUCCCUGGAACAUCAUUUUUUUUAUCACAUACGAGCAGUUGAAGCGACUUCCAUUCUGACAGCUGCCUCCAUUUCAUGAGCGUCAUCUUCAGGACUUGCAGCAGAGAGCUUUGCUGCAGCCUUCCUCUUCAUUUCACUAUCCCCAUGUUUUGAUGUUUUGGUACAUGUGGGUCUGGGCUCUCCCCCUCGCCCAAAUGCAUGGUCCCUGGAGCAUGAUCUGGCUGAAGUAUAACUGGGAGACUGAUGGCAGGUGCCGCAUGUUUUUUCACACAGAGGCAAGUAUUAAUGUGCAAGUUUCUGGGCCUGAAGCAAUAUCUUCUGUGAAGACCUGUGCAUUCCAGUGGCCUUUUGGUGCAGCUGUGGUUUGUUUGGCUUGUGUGCAUUUUCCUGCCAUGCCUGCAGGGUGAGGCUGGAGGCUGGGAAGGGGUGCUGUCAUGUUUUCUUGCAGAACUGUAAUCUCAUUAAAUUAUUUAUUGACUGGA